AUGUUUCAAUACGGCGGAGGUCCGCCUCUUGAGGUUCUAAACAUGAACAAAAGGGGACAGCUGAUGAGCGUAGAGAUGUUAUUAGUUGAUGAGCAUUCGACGCUUAUCCAAGGGUCUGUUCCUGCGGCUAUACAACUUACGUUUAGGGGUCGUUUAAGCGAAGGCUCUGUGUACACCUUAAGUGGGUUCGAUGUCACACGCAGCAACCCGAAAUUCAGACUUUCUGAUGGGCCUGUCUCCAUUCGUUUCAAUGAGGGGACUGCUUUUGAAAAGUUAGCAACCACUACGAGGAAAAUUCCGACAGAGCAUUUCCGUUUCCGACCAUACGACCAGAUACUUGAGCUCGCAAACACAGGGAAACAACUUCCAGCGUGUUAUGCUAACUUUACGCCUAGAAGGGGAUGUAAAUGUUUGUGUAAGUAUGAUUCUCUGGCCCUUGCGUUCCAUGGCAAGUUUGAUGGAUACGGUAAAGAGCCACGAAUUGUUCUGGUCACCAGCAUAAAUCCGAAGAUAGUUUCCGGCAAUUUGUAUCUGAAUGGCACUUCUGCCACACGUGUGUUCUUUGAUUGUGAGACUACUGUCGGAGCAGAAGCAUUAAACCGAUUGCCCGGCGGUGGGACAGACCAGGGAGAGUCUUCAACUAAGAUGGUUCAUGCACAAAAGAUCGAGCCCCUCACCAUUGCAGAGCUCAACAAUUUUGUUCUGACUGGUGAUCCUCAGAUCAUCGAGUUUCUCUGUACUGCCAAAGUAACUGGUGUGCAGGAAGAUGAGGGGUGGUGUUAUAUUGGCUGCUCUGUUUGCUCUACAAAACUCACACGCCAAGAAUCUUCAUUCACAUGUGUCCCAUGCAACCUAACAAAUGCUGUGGCUAAACUGAGGUAUCGAGUGGUUUUCUCUGUGUCAGACGUCACUGGCAUUGCUGGUUUUGUUGGCUUCGAUAAGGAGGUUGCUAAACUGACUCACGUUUUAGCAUCCGAAGCUGCUCAGAUUGUGGGGAUUGGUGUUAAUGCUCAGGUUCACACUGAGCUACCUCGAUCACUAGCUGAUAGGGGUGUUCAAUCCGGAUAUCGGUUCGGUUUCGGUUUGGUUUUUUCGGUUUUUCGGUAUUUCGGUUAGUAAAAUAUAACUACCAUUCUAAAUCCAUAUUUACUUCGGUUCGGUUCGGUUUAUAUACCGUCGAUUUUCGGUUUAUUCGGUUUUAUACCAAAAAAUAUAAUUCUUUAUUUUGGGAUCAUAUUAUAUGAAUUUUAGAGUCUUGUUGUCAACACAUUCAUUUAUCAAAAAAUAUUAUAAGAUUAAAUAAAAGAACAAAAAUAAAAAAUGUUUCUAUCAUCUAAUAAAAUAAUCAAAUCUAUAAUUAAAAUCAAAGCUCAAAAUUUUGAUAAUAAAAAUAAAAAACAAAAAAUAAAACAGAAGCACGAAGCACAAAAAAUAAGUUAUUAUAUUCUUUCAUAUUUAGCGUUCAUUAAAGUCAUGUUUCUUCUAUUAAACACGAAACUCUAUUCGUUUAUAGAUUAAAAAAAUUGUGAAGAAUUUCCACUAAUUGUUAUCAUCAAAUUUAUAAUUUUUAUUUCAAUUUAGUCAAUGCUAAAUUAAAGCAAAAAGAUCAAAAGAAGACUAAGAAAAUAAGAAGCAUGUUUGCGAUGAAUUGUUAUUUAAUUAUAGUUCAAGUGUUUUACAAAUCAGGACUAUUUUAUUACUGUAAAAAAUAUGGUAAUAGUUAUUAGCAAAAAAAUUAACUUAUGAUUUUCAUAAGUUGUUAUAAAAUAUAUACAUAUUUACAUGUUUCUAUUUUUUGAUCGGUUUUAUUCGGUUUAUUCGGUUUUAUCGGUUAUAUACCGAACCAUAUCCAAAUCCUACGGUUUUUUAAAAAUCAUAUCCAUUCGGUUUGUAUGGUAUAUACCAAAUCCAAACCAUAUUAUCUAUUUCGGUUCGGUUUGGUUCGGUACGGUUCGGUUUUGCCAUAUUGAACAGCCCUACUAGCUGAUGUGAUUGGGAACACCUACACUUUCCAGCUCAAGUUAAAAGACUUCAAUUUCACUGCAAACCACCAAACCUUCACUAUUUCUCGCAUCUUUUCUGCACGAGAACUUGCACCCAUCCCAAGCUUUGCUGAAGGUGCUCAGGAUCUUGAGCCGACGAUUCCUCGAACUGUGGUCCCAGGGUCGGAUUGUAUAGGUGGAAGCUCAUGCAAUGUUGCAGAGGAACCCACCACCUCUGAUGGUCUACCUGCAGGGCUUGAAGCAGCAUGCGAAGGAGUUGAUAUCGAAGGGUGUGCCUCGAAGAAAGCACGUGUGGAAUGAGUCAUAUCUAAUGACCGAACAACCACGUUUUUCUACCAUUUCCUGUUUUUGCAUUUUGAGCUUUGCCACUUAGUAUAAGCACAGUCUAUCUUUUCUGCUUUGCUGUUUCUGACAAAAACUCUAUCGUGGUUGUUCGUUUUUCUAUUAACGGAAAUCUUUUCGCAUUAGUAAUCUACAUUAUUUGGUUCA